AUGGCCUACCAAACGAGUUAUUACCAGACCACCUCCCUCCCCAUGGCUGUUCCCCACAAGGGUCAGCAAUACUACACUCCUCAGCAUCACGGCUACUCAGUUUCACCUCCCGAGGUUCCUGAGUCGGUCACCACCGGUUCGCACAUGGGCCAUUCCGCAUACUCUGCAACUUCGAGUAGUUACGCCGGAAGCGCCAGCGGCGAGUACGACAGCACUUCUUCUGCCAACGGCGUCGAUAUGCAAGAAUACAUGCAAGAUCGAUUUGCAAGCACAUUUGAUCCGCUUCCUCUCGAUCGCACUUUGGCUGUUCAGACACAAACAUCAGGAUUACUGAAUGCGAAGCAUCGAGAACUUCUCGAUUUGCAAGCAUUAGCACAACAGCGCAUUGCAAAAUCAAGAGCCAGAUUGGCUGAAGGUUAUCAAGAUGCGAAGGAAGUGAAGAGAGAUUUGGAGUGGACACAGAAGCGCGUUUCAACGCUGAAAACAAAAGCUUCCCGCAAACACCCCAAGGAAUACAAGCAAGCUCGCGCUCGCUAUCCAUCACCAGAAUACUAG